GCCAGACCAGGCGAACCUUGGAAUUCUUAGUCUGCGAAGGGCUCGGAGGUAUUGACAAGCGUCCGGAAAGGUCGACAAGUAAAUUGCCCUGAAAACUCCUGGCGGAUCGACCCACGUUGCUUAUAUUAAGCCUUUGUGUGUAGUGUGUGUGGUGUGUGGCUUCACAAAUUUGGGCACCCCAUUUCUGUUCCCUCCUCUUGGCAUGAGACUGUAUGCAGGAUCCACCCGAGGACAAUGAUCGCGGAGCCUGCUCACUUUUACCUCUUUGGAUUAAUAUGUCUCUGUUCAGGCUCCCGUCUUCGACAGGAAGAUUUUCCACCUCGCAUUGUUGAACACCCUUCGGACCUAAUUGUGUCAAAAGGAGAACCUGCAACUUUGAACUGUAAAGCUGAAGGCCGCCCCACCCCCACUAUCGAAUGGUACAAAGGAGGGGAGAGAGUGGAAACGGACAAAGAUGACCCUCGAUCUCACCGAAUGUUGCUGCCAAGUGGAUCUUUAUUUUUCUUACGUAUAGUACAUGGACGAAAAAGUAGGCCUGAUGAAGGAGUCUACGUCUGUGUAGCAAGGAAUUACCUCGGAGAGGCUGUGAGCCAUAAUGCAUCGCUGGAGGUGGCUACGUAUAAUUCUUCACCUUACAAAAUGGGAGUUACUCAUCUCUGGCUAAUAAGCUUCCGGGAUGGGAAAGUCCCAGUAUUUCAGUCUGGCCUUGGACCGGCAGAACGAGUAAAUGUGCAGGGUCCCCUUCUCAGAGGAUCCCCAACAGUGUCACUUCUGAGGACUCACCUGGGACUGCUUGAAGCUCAAGUGACCGUGAUCUCCUGA